AGUGCCGUGUCCCCUUCACGCCGCAGGGAGGGGUGUUCCCUUAUUUUUAGAGUCGUGAACACCCACUUUGGUUUUAACUCUUUCCGUCUCCAGAGCUCAGCUUCGCACUACCUGUGCGCGUGCUCUCUCUGCGUGCGUCGGACAGUUAGCCAAACAUUUCGUCGUGGAUAUUUGCUUCUACAAGCUUCACCAGACUUCAGCCUCUCCUCUCUCCAGGAAGCCAGCACUGCAACCCUGCCAUCAGCAGCAUGGACUAUUACACGCCCCAGCCCAGUCGUCGCCACAACCCUGUGGACAGCAUCUGCCGCAAACUGCAGACCAUUCAGUGGCGCGGUGACAGAGAGCCCAACUCACCUUUCCAGAUACCCAAACUCUCCUCCAGCAAUUACGACAGCCCACAAAGUGGCCUCAGGCACAACCUGGAGGCCAUCCUGAAGAAAGGGACCCUGCACAAGGACGAGGGGGAGAGGGGAAAGGGAAAAGGGAUGGGCAUGCCAAGCCCUGCAACCUCCCAGAAGAGUAACCAGGGUUCCUCUGUCCCUAUGUUCACCUCUUCCACCCCAGCAUGCAACACCUCCACGCCAAUUAACGUCACAUACACUAUAACUAGCACUCUGGGGGAGAGGAGAGGUGCUGAUGGGAGUGAUUUAAGACAGGUUAAGACAUGGCAGAGGCAUUGUUCGACACCUACAGCCCAGACCAAAGACUCCCCUUACUUUACAUUCACACGAGGACCCCAGUCAGUGCAGCCCGAGAGCGAGAAGCUGAGCAGGAGCCCACCUUUUUCUCGUACCUUCACCCCAAACCACAGCACCCUCUCCUACAACCUCAACUUCUGCUCAGCAGAGACGGGGAACUCAACAGAGGUGGAGCUGCCCUACCCAGCCCUUGUUGUGAAAAGACUGUCCAUGGGAGAUGGAGGAUCCUCAAUGGCCUCUGAAAACAAGAAGGAGAAUAUGGCAGAAAUCAGCCUGAUCUGUGAGGAGAAUCUGCUGGAUACCAUCUUCCAUGCCUGCGACACCCAGCGUAGAGGUAAAGUGUAUGUGUCUCACAUUGUGGAUUACCUGCGGCACACCACCAGCCGGAGCUCAGAAGACAGUGGACUAGAGGACCUUUGCAACAUGCUCGAUCCAGAACAAAAAGACGUCUCCAUUGACCUGGAUACGUACCACGCCGUCAUGAAGGAGUGGAUUGAUGACUGCCGUAACAACAAGGAAGACAUAACUGAUGACAUGACUCAAGACUCGGUCAAAUUAAGAGACAGCCUGUCUGCCAAGAGGUCCAUGUUGCUCAAUAUGACCUCAGGGAGCUUGGAGGCCUUUGGAGGGGAGGCAUCCAGAGCAGAAUUUGAGACAUCGGAGCUGGUUUACUGUGUUGCCGACCUUCAGAUGAGCAACCAAAAGCUCCAGGAGGAGGUGAGGAAGCUGAAGCAGGUGGUGGAGGGCAUGGAGGACACCAACCAGAAACUGGCAGAGGAGAAUGAGGAUCUACGCAAUCAGGCCAGAGUUAACCAGCAGCUUACCCAGAAGGAGAAAAUUCUGAAGGAGGAGGUGGAGGAGAUGAAGGCCACUCUGAGCUGUACAGAGGAAGGCAGAGCUCGCGCCUCCGCACACAGCAAACAUGUGGAGAGAGAGAACCAGAGUCUCAUUGCCAAGAUUGCUUCUCUUCAGGAAGAGAACUUUAAGGUCACCAUGGAGACAGACGAGCUUCAGAGGAGAAUAACGGAGCUGUGUGACAUUAACGGUGACCUUCAGGUGCAAAUUCACUCAUAUGAUGGUGUUGUUGGUGAAAAGGAAGCUUUGAUACGAGAGAAGAGUAUACAGAUAAAUGAGCUGAAGUCAGCAGUGGAGGAAUACUCCUCCAUCACAGAGCUGCUGAGGGCAGACAAGAGCAGGCUGGAGAACCAGAUUCAGAUGAUGCAUCCAGCCCUGGCUGGGGCUGGUCUGUCCCUGUCGGUGGCCUACAGGUUGAACCAGAGCAGUUCAGGAUCCUUGCAGACAGAGUUGGCUCUGGCACAGUCACCACUGGAGGCUCCCCAUGGACUUGACCAUUUGUCCACCACUAUGAGCUUUGCCUCCCCGCUGGAUGAGACACUGGACAAAGAGGUGUUGAUUAUGCUGCAGGGACCCAAUCCUGAACACAUGGCUCUGGAGUUCAAGAGCCUUCUUAAUAAACUGAAAAGCGAAUUCAGAGAAGAAACCGACUUCGUCUUGUCUACAGCUAGAGGCUUGCUGGACGACUGCACACAGCCAACAGGCAACACCACUACCAGUCUGCAGACGCUGCAGGCCGAGCUGGACACGAGGAGGACAGACUGGGCCAUCAGCCUGGACCAGCUGGCCCAGUACACAGACUCACUGGAGAAGGAGCUGAUCAAAAUGGCCAGUAACAUGAGGAGGUCCCGCACUGAGAUCCUGCACCUUUCAGUCAGGGUGCAGGAGCAGGAGAACCAGAAGCGGCAGCUCUGUGAGGAGCUGGAGCAGCUAAAGACACCUCAGGACAGCAGAGAGGCCUCAUGCCAGACACCUGCACCAGAGGAAGAGCCUGGAGAUGAGUUGGAUUGGGAUGAGGAGUUUGCCCUCCAAGACUUCCUGAAGAACGAGUUAGCAGAGAGGAAUUGCAAAGAACAGGGUGGGCGAACAGACCGAGGUGAAGAGGAGGACGGGGAGGAGAGGUGGACAGUGGUGGACACAGCUGGAGAGGGAGAAGUGAGGGACACAUCCACUCCUCAGUCUGCCCUCAUAGGGGAGGCCCAGCCUGGGCACGGUGCAGCAGGAGAAGGUCAAGACUCUGCAUCAUGCACCAAGUCAGAGCCGGAAGUGAACUGUCAAUCUUUGCAGGAGGAGGCAGCAGUGCCAUUGAGCGCCCACUCACAAGCUGUCAGCAUUAGACACCCAGAGGCGGAUGCUCUCCCUGAUCUGUCCCACUCAGAGAACAACAAUGCCGAGGCUCAUGAGCCUGCAGAAACACCCUCCUGUGAUCCAGCCCAAAAUCUGAGCAACUCCCCUAAACACGACCAAACGGUCACACCCAGUAACAUCCCUUCCACAGAAGACCAGAUGGUUCCUCCUGACAGCACAUCGCCUGGACCAGAUGAGGCUAUUACCCAGACUGAGAGCACCCAGCCCACCAGUGAGGACCACAGGGGACAAGAAGAGAAGGAAGGCGAGGCGGACUCCAGCAUAGGAGCCAUGAGUCGUAUAAAGAGCCUGAGCCGGGACCAGUCGGCAGACAGAUCAGCAGCGGAGGACAGCACGUGUCUGCUACCUGUGUUGGUUGAGGAGGAGGAGAGUGUGCAGGACAGUACAGCCGAGGUGCCAACAGUAGCCGCCAGCAUGGAAGGGACAGACCGGCUCACCAGCAGCGGAGCGACCACCUUCUCUGACAGCAGCUCUCCUCAGUCAGCAUCGUCGGUCACGUAUGCCAGCCAAUCGGGGAGUGGCAUAGGCAGCAUGACCUCUGACCCCAGCCAAUCGGAGGACAGUGCAGCCAAAAAGGACUCCCUCCCCCACAGUGGCAAGAAUAAAAGGCAACUGGAGCUGUCACGCAACAUGGAGGCCAUCGAGGAGCACAAGGUCCAGGAGGACCAGAGUGAGACCAGCAUGGCCACGGAGAAGGAAUCGGAGACGUCAGAUGGCACCCACAAAGAGGGCAGAAGGGACAGCCUGUCACCUAAUGACAAGGAGAUUGAGGCUGAGUUCCAGCGUUUGGCAUUGGGCUUCAAAUGCGACAUGUUCACUCUGGAGAAGAGACUCCGUCUGGAGGAGAGGUCACGUGACCUGGCUGAGGAGAAUGUGCGCAGGGAGGUGUCCAGCUGCCAGGGCUUACUGCAGGCUCUGACUCCUCUGUGUGAGGAUGACAACCAGUCCAUGGAGAUCAUCCUGAGGCUCCAGAAGAACCUGGACAUCCUCAUCCAGUCCAUGACCAGGGUGUCCAGUCGCUCUGAGAUGCUAGGAGCUAUUCACCAGGAGAGUCGUAUUGGUAAGGCUGUGGAGGUGAUGAUCCAGCAUGUGGAGAACCUGAGGAGGAUGUACACCAAGGAGCACGCCGAGCUCCUGGAGCUCAGAGAGGCACUAAUGCAGAAUGAGAGGUCGUUUGGAUCACAAACUGAAAGAGAUGACUUCCGUGGCAAAAAGCAGACAACACAGUACUACAAGCAGUCGUCAACCCGGCGGGUCAGCAUAGCAGCAAUCCCCCGCACUGGUGGAAGCAACAUGCACUUUGACAUGUCGAAAACGCAAGACUGCUCAGAGGCUGAAACAGAGCGACUGACCAGGCGAUCCCCAUGGAAUGUGGCAGGGAAGAGCAGUGCGCGCCCCCCACUAAAGCGCUUUGUUAGCUCUGCGGCCUGGGUUGAUACUGAAGAGCCCUCUCUCUUGAUGAAGGGGAGUCAGGAUGAGCUGUUUGUAAUGCUUCCAAGCCCUUCCUCCAGUCCUACGUCCACAGACCCAGGAAUGGCCCAGUCUCUGUCCCACAGCCUGACCUCAUCACGGGCGGCGGCGGCGGCAGCUGUAGCCAGAGGUGGCAGAGGUCUCUGGCUUUGGUUGGCCAUGAUUGUGGUGCUGGCAGGUCUCCUGGCACUGCUGGCCAGCCUAGUGAUGCAACCUGCGGUAGAUGCAGCCCCUGUGGGGACCGGGGACUCCUGGAUGACCAUCCAGCAGCUGCUGUGGCCCUACACGGGGCUCCGGCAUAACGGACAACCCCCCGUCUAGCUCCUGAGAUUCGGGGUGGAUGAUGUUACUGCCCAUCAGCCCUCUGCAGAAAUGAUCUGUGCACGGUGGUGGUUAGGAAGAAAGCACAGUGUACCACUCCUGAGCAGAGGCUGUUGGGAUGUUUACUGGUGCCUGAAGAUUCCUAAAACAAGACUUGCAUUGACACAGGCCAGGCCUCAGGGGAUAGUUAACCCUACGGAGGAUUUUAUGCAUCACAUCACGUUUGCUAAAUUAGUUAGUCUGUGUGUGUAUGCGUGUGUCUGCGUUUUAAGAGAAGAAGCAGUUACAGGUGGUGGAAGCCAGUGUCCUUUCUGGGCUGCUCAACAUCCUUAACACAUCAUGAUGCAGUUUUCCCUGCAGUCAGUGCUGCUGGCAAGAGUUUACCCGGACCCGACACAAUCUGUCAAAUCAGGCUUGAUCAGUCAUCAGAGCUCAUACAAUGCUGACCAAUCACGUCACAUCUUCAUCAGAAUGACUGCACUGAUCCACUACGUCAUACAAUGGGCCGCUGUGCAGUUUUCCAUUGAUAACCACCACACACAGUGGCUCCAAUUGUGCCACAUGGCUUUUUAAACAGAUUUCAUGCACUUAAGGAAACAAAGGACUGUCAGCCUUUUUAAUGGAAUUUUGCAGAGGAAAUUUUAUAACUUUUAAGUCUAUUAACACUGGUAAUAAAACUUUUAUUUUAACUGUUUUAAAAUUGUUAAAUCUAUAUUUAUGUGAGUUUGAUAGUUUUGAGUGUGGAUAUGUGAAUAUGUUUAUUUUUGUUAAGUUAUAAUUCUACAUUGUAACAGUCUUCACACCAAAGGGUUUUUUAUUUUCCUCUUCAAGUACUUGCUGUGGUUGUCACCGUUUUCAACUUCAUACUCUUUUGUAUGUUCCAAAGAAGAUGUAUGGAACUUUGCACAAAUAAAGUAGCCAAUUCUACAAUCCAA